CUUUAAAGUCACCGAUUCCAAUAGUUUGCCGAUCUCACAAGUAAACCUAACCAAAACCCUAAAGCAAAAGCCAAACUCAAAGCAAAAGCAACCACAGUUGAAAAAAAAAAGGAAAGAAAGAAGACUGGAAGCUCAUUAUUACUUAUAACAUCUUUUUUUUUUAAUUAUUCCUUAGUGUUAUUAAUAUUCUAUAUUUGGUAACCAAGCAAGAAAGCUGGAGAUAAAAAUAGAGAGGAGAAGUGGUCUGGUGUGGUGAGAUGGCUUCAUUGACUGCUGCUGCUCCUCUCAUCCCAUUGAGGAAGAUAAGGCCUUCUCUUUCUGAUCAUCAAACCUCUCUUUUUUCUACUAGAAGAAGACCUAAUAAGAAGAAGAACCAUGCUAUUGUUCCUGUUGCCAGGUUAUUUGGUCCAGCCAUAUUUGAAGCAUCAAAAUUGAAGGUACUUUUCUUAGGAGUUGAUGAAAAGAAGCACCCAGGGAAUCUCCCAAGAACUUAUACACUCACACAUAGUGACAUCACCUCUAAACUCACUUUAGCCAUAUCCCAGACUAUAAACAAUUCUCAGUUGCAGGGAUGGUAUAACAAGUUACAAAGAGAUGAAGUUGUAGCAGAGUGGAAAAAAUUCAAAGGAAAAAUGUCUCUUCAUGUUCAUUGUCACAUAAGUGGAGGCCAUUUUCUAUUAGACUUAUUCGCAAGGCUUAGGUUCUUCAUCUUCAGCAAAGAACUUCCUGUGGUUUUGAAGGCCUUUGUUCAUGGAGAUGAAGACUUGUUGAGGAACUACCCAGAAUUACAGGAGGCUAUGGUAUGGGUCUAUUUUCACUCAAAUGUUCCUGAGUUCAACAAGGUGGAAUGUUGGGGCCCACUAAAGGAGGCAGUGAAUGGGCCCUACUUUGAGAAUAAGAAGUUGAAGAGAGUAAGUCCCACAAGUAACUGGGAGAUGCCUGAGAAGUGUGUUGAAGAUUGUAACUGUUGCUUUCCUCCGUUGAGUUCAAUUCCAUGGCCUGAAUUUGAGCACGUUCCCAAUGGAACUCAAACUGGUAUCGAUGGGCCCAAUUAGGCCCACCAAGGCCAACAACAAACGCCAUAAGUAUUUAAAAAAAAAAAGGCGACGUUUCACUUAAUGUUAUAUUUAUAGUUUUUUUGUGUAUUAAUUAAUCUGGGGUUUGUAAAUUAAUUUGUUGAUUUUAUGCUGUAAAUACUUGUUAAUUUGCUCCACAAAAAUUAAAGUGAUCGAAUGCUAUUUCGACUUAGUUAUAUUUA